CGGAGCCCGUAGUCUCUUUGGAAACUUCUGCCGGGGGAAAGAGCUAGGAAAGGGCUGCAAAUCGGUGUAGGGUUUUUUCUCCUUUUUUGCUCCUUUUAAUUCCCCCCUCCUCCGUUUGCACCCUUCUCCGAGCUUCACGCGGAACCUGCGAAUUUCGAAGAGGUGGUGGCAGCGUGGGAGCAAAGAGGUGUUAGGGUUUUGGAUUGGGGGCUUUUUUUUCUUUUAAUUUCUUGAUUUCAACAUUUUCCCCCCACCCUCGCGGCCACAGCCGCCGCCUCUUACCUGCUCCGCGGCAGCCGCGCGCCGCAGGCAGCUGAAGGGUAGAGAGGAGCAGGGUAUACUUCAGAUUUUAAACAAAAUUUUUGAAGGCAGACCCAUUUUUCUCCCCCACCCCCACCCCCUUCUCCUCCACAGCCUCCGAGCGCAUUAUUCCGGUGGUUGUUUCGGGGUGAACAAUUUUUGGCUUUUUCCUCCCUGUCAUUCCGACCGGGUCCCGUCGAGCGCGGGGGGUGUUGUUUCUCCGGCCUCCACUCCCUCCGCGUGCACCUGGCGCAGCUCUCCCCCCAACCUGUUGCAAGUCCUUUAAUCCUUGCAUUUGGGACUUGAUCGUGGGCGCCUCAGCCCUCCAUCUCUCCCUACAUUUUGCAAUUGUCUGGGGGAGGGCACCUGCUCUACCUGCCAGAAAAAAAAAAAUUUUUUUUUAAUUUCUCCGGGCGCCCCCCUGGCCCCUUCCUCCCUACACUCUCGCUCUCGUGCCCCGCCCCAAGGUAAAGGGGAAGACACGGAGAAGAUGGUGCUCACCGCGGUCCUCCUGCUGCUGGCCUCCUGUGCGGGGCUGGCCCAGGGCCUGGGCUCCUUCGUGCACUGCGAGCCCUGCGACGAGAAAGCCCUCUCCAUGUGCCCCCCCAGCCCCCUGGGCUGCGAGCUGGUCAAAGAGCCGGGCUGCGGUUGCUGCACUACUUGCGCCCUGGCCGAGGGGCAGUCGUGCGGCGUCUACACUGAGCGCUGCGCCCAGGGGCUGCGCUGUCUCCCCCGGCAGGACGAGGAGAAGCCGCUGCACGCCCUGCUGCACGGCCGCGGGGUUUGCCUCAACGAAAAGAGCUACCGCGAGCAAGCCAAGAUCGAGAGAGACUCCCGUGAGCACGAGGAACCAACCACCUCCGAGAUGGCUGAGGAGACCUACUCGCCCAAGAUCUUCCGGCCCAAGCACACCCGCAUCUCUGAGCUGAAGGCCGAGGCCGUGAAGAAGGACCGCAGAAAGAAGCUGACCCAGUCCAAGUUUGUCGGGGGCGCUGAGAACACUGCCCACCCCCGGGUCAUCUCUGCACCUGAGAUGAGACAGGAAUCCGAGCAGGGCCCCUGCCGCAGACACAUGGAAGCUUCCCUGCAGGAGCUCAAAGGUAGCCCACGCAUGGUGCCCCGCGCCGUCUACCUGCCCAAUUGUGACCGCAAAGGAUUCUACAAGAGGAAGCAGUGCAAGCCUUCCCGCGGCCGCAAACGUGGCAUCUGCUGGUGCGUGGACAAGUACGGGAUGAAGCUGCCAGGCAUGGAGUAUGUCGAUGGGGACUUUCAGUGCCACACCUUCGACAGCAGCAACGUUGAGUGAUGCGUCCCCUCCCCAUCCUUCCCUCGCCCCGUCCCACCCCCAGCCCCGACUCAAGCCAGCACCUCCCUCCACCCCAGGACGCCACUCAUUUCAUCUCAUUUAAGGGAAAAAAAAAUACAUAUAUCUAUCUAUUUGAGGAAACUGAGGACCUCGGAAUCUCUAGCAAGGUCUCAACUUUCAAACCGGCAACAGCGGAGAUGCAAAAAGCUAAGAGACCCCCCCCCCCCCCCCGCUUUGAAAAUGGUUUUCUUUUUGAAGCAAGUUGAAUGGACAGGGAGGGGAAGGGAGGAGGAACAUGAGAGAGAAAGGAAGAAAGUGCACGUGUAGAAGAGAGGGGGAGACAAACCGAGUUUCGAAAAAGGAAAGAAGAAUGUGGGCAGGAAGGAAAGAUCACGGGACCAUGGCUGGAUCCACCUGUCAUAUCCAGCCCUGGCCUGAGUUGGGAGACGUUUGGGCACUAGAAGGUAUGGCCCAAGGUGUGGCAUUCGAUGACACCCUUGGGGGUUUUCCCGACUGGAUUGGAUGCAGGGGGAGAAAGGAAAAGACAGAAGGGGUCAGUGCCUCUCCUGGAUCUGUCUCCACCUCCAGCCAGCGAGCUGCAUGGCUCCCACCCGCCCCUCCUCCCCUCUCACCCGGCAGAGGGUUCUCCCUCCCCAAAACUUCUAAAAACUAAAAUGCAUUCCAUUCUUCUCCAAACAGAGCAAAUGAAUAACCGAGUGUCAUUAGAGAGAUAGAUUUUUCCUAAGCAGAUACAUAAAGAUUUGUGUGUACAUCUUUCACUCCCCGUGCAGACGUUUAGAACCCAGUACACACACCCAGAGUGGACAGACUUGCCCUUCCAGGGUGACUAGAUCAUGCCGACACGCACGGUGAUUUCAGCCCCUCAUUGCACUCAAUUCACCAUUAGCACGGCCUCUGUGGGGGAGGAUAGGCUGAAAACAAUGUGGCCUCGUAUUUAUCUACGAGGCUCCAUGUAGUGAUCUAUAAGGCAUAUAAAUCUAUUCUCUUUCUUUUUUUUCUUCUUUCCUUUCUUUCAAAGGUUUGCAUUAACUUUUCAAAGGAGUUCCUCUGGGGGCACUGAGGAACUUCCUCAUUUGGGGAAAAACCAAGAAAACCCAAAUUCUUCUAACACAACCCGUAACUCUGGUUUGGCCAGCCUCCCUCGAGGGGCAAACACAACCUUGGGCGGGCCACGGUGUUGGAUUUUUUCACGAUUCCCCGUACGCGUGUGUGGGUGUCCAUAGGUACCACCGAGCCAGGUAGAUGAGGGCUCUCGAUGGUGCAUUGCCCCUGCGUGCACCUUCCCCCCCUCCCCCCUCCCCCCCCCCCCCCCCCCCCAGCACAUCCUUUGGACCCUCCAGAAGUAACCGGCUCUGGGCCCUGCACCAGUCGCGCACACCAGCUCCAAGUUGGACCCCCUGGUCCUGCCCAGCCUUUUCAUUUCAUCCGGGCAGAGCCUGCAUUUUGAAAGCCUCUCUGGGCCUUCACGCUGGCAGAGCGGGAGAGAGACUGAAGUGAGAGGUGGCAGCAGGGGCGAUGGAAGUGAACCGGUUUAAAUACAGGGAAACAGUAAAAGUGAUUGCAUUGCGCAGGCCCACGUAGAGGGCACAUGGAGGGACGGGGGCUGGAGGGACGGGGGUAGUGGGCAGGGGGACUGCCCUGUUUUAGCUUUGGAGCAAAGCAACAGAAACGAGGACAGAGCCAAGAGAAGCCUCCCUGGCUCCCCACCCUCUACACCCUUUGGGAUUCGAGAGGAAAGAAAGAGGAAGAUGGGGGCACAGUUUCUCAGAGAGAAAUGAGCUUAAUCCAGGCCGGAGGGGAUGGCAACUUUAGGCAGGUUCUAGACCCUCGCUGCUGGACAGGAGCAAGGAUCGGCAGAGACUGGCUGUGCUUUUGAAGGGACAAGACCAUGCGCUCAGGUGGCUACCUUCAACCCGCAAGGAGGGACUGAGGCCAGAGUCUUUCGAGCUCUCCACCCACACGGGCGGGCGCAGGCUUUGUCCUCAGUGUGGAGGAUGGACGAGAGGCCAGGACGACCAGGAAAUGGAUGCUCCAAGGGUGCUGUCAUUUGGCAGCCAGAUUUUGAACCAGGAAAAUUCCCAUUCCUGUUGACUUCCUCCACGGAUUGGCAGCCAUGGGGCUGUCCUCUGAGGCUCAAGAAGACCUGCCAGGAAAGGGCAGGAAACUGGCAAAGGAGACCCCUUCUUGCCAUGAACACAGCUCUCUCCACUCUCUCCCGAUGGCGUGGCACCAUGGAGGCCACCCCAACACCGAACUUGGGGCAGUGAAGAGGGACAGCAGAGAAGCAGAUAGAUUUCAGCUGGUGGGAAACUUGUAGCUAUGGAACUCGGGGAGGGGGGGGUCUCCUGCCCCCCCAACUGGACAGUUGGCUGGGACAGGAAAGAUGGUCGAUUGUCAUAGGACAGAGGGCCCUACGGGGAUGGCGGCCGUGAGGACUCACUUGACCUGCUGCGUCUGUGCGCCCCAUCUCUCUGCACAACUGUCCCCAAACCCCCGACUCACGUUUCUGUGUCUUAGGCCAGUAUUGUAAACCUUUCCCACCUCACUCUUCUGUCUGCCCUUUCUUUCUGUGGAUCUUGAGCAGUCUUCUAACUGGGAUCUGCCAAGUGGAUACUGGGGUGCCGUUGCCCCUAAGAAAAGACUGAGCCAGGGAUUGCAUACCCCUUCCCACACCCCUCCCAAGACCUGGACCUGGUUCCUGAGAGGGGCCCCCUCUUUUCCCCCUGCUGUUUACUGGACUCUGAACGGGCGUCUGCCCCUGAUCUCGGCUCUUUGCUGUCGGCCGCGAGGUGGGGGAGGAUGGUCUGGUUUCACUCCACCAGCGUCUUCGGGUUUCUGCCGUUCAGGCCGCCUCACCCGAACCUGUGAGGCCAGUGCUUUUGCAGAGGGUGACUCUGGUCAGCUGGCCACUCCCCGGAGGAUGCUGGACCUUCGUGACGGAUGAGAGUGACCUCCCAGGAUGAGAGGGAGGCCUGGCCUGCAAAGGCAGUCAUCGAGGAAGAUGUCCCCAUCGAGGAGCGUGCCCGGGGCAGGGCAGGAGGAGAGGCAGGUGGGCAACGCCACCAGCUGGGAUCCUGAGCAGGAAUCUUCUUGACUCCAGGCUGCCUGACGGCUGCUGUUUAUCCACCUAGAGGCCUUAGGCUCCGGGUUUUCUGUGGCCUCAAGACUCAGUGUUGCCCCCGCCCCACCCACCCACCCACCCAACAGCGGGCCUCUUCCCAUCCCCCUCUGACUCAUGCCUCACUCUAGCAGCGAGAGGAUAUCCGUCAUUUCCACUGGUUCCCGCUGACUGAGGGAGGCCUAGCCAGGACUGAGCCUCCUUCCCCCAGAGCUUCCCCACCCACCUGAGCAAAGCAGGGCAUCUGGGACGGAAGAGACUCGAAAGUUUCUCAGACAGCCAGGCCUGGACAGGCAGGCCUGGAGACAUUCAACUCCCCACAGGGGAGGACGGGAGGCCCAGGAGGCCGUGGGGUCUACCUCCUGUCUCCUCACCCAUUUCCCACCCCCCCCACCCCUCCGCCCUGCUGUCACCACCUCAUUGGUCUCCAUGGUAACCGCAGGGUCAGCCUCCCCUGGGGGAGGGGGGCCUGACCUCUGCUCUCCCACCACCCAGCCUGGUGGCAGCCACACGGCUACCCCACUCAACUGCCAAGCCCCCCCCCAAGGUGGCCCACGGCUGCCCCUCUCCCUCUGCUCGGCCCCCCGAGAGGGCUGCCGUGCCCAUGGAACUCUAGAGGGGAGUGGGCCAAGGAGAAGCAAUCCUUGGGCUCAAAGAGGACAUUUUUGGCUUCUGAGAGAAAGGAGGCUGGGUUUGGAGAAGUGGUGGCACGAGGGGACGGGGACCUGCCAACCGGCCACCUGGGUGUUGUACUGUCUUUAUUUUUAAAACCACUAAGUGCAAGACUUAUUUUUGCACUUUUCUCCACUUUUUUUUUUCCUCCUAGGUUUUUGUUUCUUUUUUUAAACAUACUUUCUUGGUUUUCUAAUGGAGUAUAUAGGUUAGCCAUUUUCACAGACUCUGGCCCCCUCUCCAAUGGGGGAAGGGAAGGUGGGGAGCACCGGCCACCCGUGCCCGUCCCCCCCCCCACUCCCUGGUCCCCGGCCACCAGCCUGAGUCCCCAAUCUCCCACCACCACCCACCACCGCAUAGUAGCCCACACGGAUAGACAGUUGUCAGACAAGAUUCCUUCAGAUUCCGAGUUGCCUACCGGUUUUUUUUUUCUUCUUUUAAGACAGCAAUAACCACAGCACAUAUUACUGUAGCUCUUUGUAGUUUUACAUACGUACAUACCAUAACUCUCUCUCUCCCCUUGUUUUGUUUUCAACUCUUUUUUUUUUUAAAUAAAUGCUCAUAAUCUUUACUGGUGAAAAGGAUGAAAAAAUAAAUCGGCAAAUAAAACCAGGCUGAGGGGCUCGCCUCCUGUUUAAGCAUUUUGUACCUGAGGAAAUAAAACAAACAAAAACAAAAACAAAAAGCCAGAGGAUCUCACGUUUUAUUAAAAAAGUGAAGAUUGCUGUAUACUAUUUAUUCAACUUAUAAUUUAUGUUACUCCUUGAUCUUUGUCUUUGUCAUGACAAAGCAUUUAUUUAAUAAAGUUAUGCAUUCAGUUA